CGCCUUGCAUCUCCCCUCCUGUCCUGCUGCCUUCUGGCUCUGCCCUCUGGCUCUGUCCUGCUCCCCUCUGCUGCCCCGCUGCCGCUGCCCUGUUCCCUUUGGCCUCUGCUGUGUCCAGGCUUGCUCGCGCUCCCCUCCCAGCCCCACCUCCCGGCGGUAUGAACGAGCUCUUCAGUCGCUGGAAGACCUCCGUGGUCAACAACAUUGCCUCCCGCACAAACGCCUACAGCCUCGGCAAACUCAAGAAAUGCUACGAAUCCAUCACCGAAGACUUUGAGGCCUCGUUGUCGUGGCCCCGAGACAUCCAAAACACCGACAUACCCGUGUCCCUGCAGCAAAUCGGCGAUCUCCUGGUCAAUGAACAGGCGGCCGACCCCAACCAGGAAAGCGACCUCGACGCCGGCUGCUGCACCGAGUACUGCAUCAACAACGACAUCUUUGGCAGCCUCGUGCGCAUGUCUGAGGCCGAUGUGCCCAAGGGCUACCGCUCAGAGGUCAUUCGGUUCAUGUCGACGCUGGUCAGCUUGAUUGAUUCCAAGUACCUGAUCCAGAAGGCGUUCCACGGACCCGUCCUCUUGCUGAUGAGGUGGUAUUCGCUCCAGAAAGGCAUCGAGUUUGACGAAGACAUGCUGGACCUCGAGUUCAACAUCGCGUCCAAGAUCCGCGAGUCCCCGCACCUGCUCAACAUCUUCUUUACCAAGGACUUUGCCCCAAAGAACGUCACGAUCGAGUCCAUCGAAAAGGGCAAGCAGGAGGAGGACCCCAUGGUCGUCGUGGCUGCUCCUGCCCAGCUCUCGAGCGAUUACCGAUUCCUCCUCUUCGAGCAACUUUUGCGCUUCAUUCACAUGGACGACAAGCGAGCCGACGUCGCUCGAACAGCUUGUCUGUUUAUCCUGGAGCUGGCCACGGGCGAGCUGCAGCAUUACAUUGCGCAGAGCGACCUGUCGACCAUCGUCGUUGCCGGUCUCGGCGGUCUCUUCAGCCAGCUGCCCCAGCAGAUCCCCCCAAAGGCCUCGAGCACCUCCAGCUACGAGUUCGAGUCCUUCAAGAACGAUCUGAACGCCUUCCUAGAUCUGCUUGAGUUUGUCCAGGAGAUCCUGAUCAAGUGCCCCAGUCGGGUCAUCACUGUUGCCAUCCUCGACUACCUCAAGCUCUCCUUCCUUGACAACAUCGUCCAUGCCUCUGUCCUCAACGCCUCUGACUUUGACGGAAGCGCGCAUUCAUGCCUGUUUUAUCUGCAUGAGAUGAUGAAGGUCAUCAGAGAGGAUCAGCUCUCGAACCUGUUCUGUCGCUUCCUGCUGCGGGGCGACGAUGACGACGACGACCACGACGACCUCCAACAGCCCUCGCCUGCGGCAGCCGCCGGCAGUGACCUCAAGCUGCACAUGCGCGACAUUGUUGUCUCCAAGAUCGGCUCGCUCUCCGAGGAUGUCUCGGUGGCGGCCCUGCGCUUGAUCCACACCAUGCUCGCCUAUCACAGUCGCCACUGCCUGUACCGCAUCAUCGAGAAGUUGCCCUACAAGAAGCUAACCCAGGGCUUCAUUGAGAUCAAACAACCCGACCAUCUCAAUCUCUCAAUGGACAUCCACCAGCAUCUGAACAUUGUCAGCCGGUAUUUCGCCCUUAUCCCGCAGGAGGAGUACCCCGAUCAAACAGACAUCCGCACCACUCUGCAGGCCUAUCUAGAGGAUGCCCAGCAGGCCCUCGCCACCCACAACCAGAAGCUGCUGACCGCUCGGGCGGCCGCGUUUCUGCCACACCAGCCCAGAACAUCCUCGCUACCCACGGCGCGCCACCGAGACAGCCGCCCGGUGUCGGCCUUUGGUCCCAUUUCCAAAACGUCGGUGCUGGAUGCCAAGGCUCGCGAGCAAAUGAUCGAGCUCAGCCGCGAUCCGACGCUCCGCAAAUUCAUGGACAAGCUCACCAACUUCUUUUCACACUCGUACGAGAUCAACCUGGCCGUCACUGGCGUCUUUUCGCAGCUGGUGACCAUGCCCCAGCCGCUGCUCUACAUGUACCUGUACAGCGCCGACAUUUUGGUCGAUUCGCAGCAAACCUCACUCUACACGAUCUUUGUGAAGCUACUGAAGGAGGCCGAGGAUAAGGCCACGGUCCUGUCGGAUUUUGAGUUUUCUCUGGAAAAGACCAAGACGGAUAUGCUGAACGGCCGGCUCCAGAAGAAGAGCCGACGGCGAACACUGGGCGGCUCGACACACGUUCCAGACCUGGAGGAAGAGUUUGUCAAGAACUGUCUGGUCCUGCACGAGUUCAUCAAGGAGGCCCUGGCGGCCCUGGUCCUCCAUGGAUCGCGGGACUAUGACCACAUCUCCUACAUCUAGCGCCACUUGGUGGGUUGAGAGGAUGCGGGGUGCUUGGGGUUGUCCCAUGCCCUCGGUUUUGGCACUCUGCUUGGCUCUGCUUGACUUUG